GCAAUUAAUAUUCCAUCUCAAAGUUUGUGGCAAAUUCAGCAUGUAAAAGCUGCGGCCUUUUGCCGUGGCUAGAGGUUUACUAUUUUCAAACCUCUUAUGAUCAAUUUGAGACCAAAUGGCACGCGUGAAUGCUGACUCUUCAAAACUUGACCUGGAAAUUUGCGGCGAUUGCAAGUCUGUAAUUGGAAAUGCUGAGCAGAAUCCUAAAUUCCACUUGUGCGACAAUGGUAAACGGCAGCUUCUAGAUGCAAUAAAAUCGUUUGUCUUUAGAAACUGGAAAUGGUUGCUGUUGAUGUUGGUAUUUCUACCCGCCGUUACCAUCUUCGCCUUAGCCAUGUACUACCAAGAGACAGUCACAUUCGUCAUGCCUAUAUGCAUCUACCCAGGGUUUAUGAUAUCUUGCUGUCUCAUCCUCACUGGCCAUGAAAUUAACGGUAGCCAGGUAGACGAGGCACGUAGCUCAAGCGACGAUGACAAGAGCGAUGGAACCGCGAGCGAGAAGGACAGCGGUAUCUCUGAGGAACAGGAACCUAUCACAAAACUCAUAGUCCGACCUCCGCCUCCCCCACCACCACCUCCCCCACCGCCGACUCCUGCUGGCUCCCUAAAGAGACAUUUCCCGGUCUCGUGCCGCAGGUUAUCAUGGGAAAUUGUCAGCCAUAGCUCGCUCAACAAAGAGACGAUCUGGAAAAGGAUGUCCCGAGAGCUAUCGGUAGAGGAAGUAGUCGAUCCUUAUGAGCUCGAAAUGUACUUUGGCGCGCAACCAACUGUACCAAAACCUCGUCACUUUAAAAAGAUAACGCACAGAAAGACUAUCUUGGAGCAUAAAAAGAUUCUUAACAUAUCGAUCACGCUUGCACAUUCUAAGCUCAGUGCUGAUGACGUCAAGAAGUGCUUGUUAUCCGGGACAUCAGACCUCCCCUCUGACGUACUCGAGCAGCUUUUGAGGUUCGUCCCCAGUCCCAACGAGAUAAAGGCUUUAAAAAGACAAGAAGAAGUUGACCCUUCUGCUCUUGAAGGCGCGGAGGUUUUUUGUCUUGAGGUUGCAAAAACAGUUCCCGCGUAUGAGGAAAGAAUACGUACCAUGCUGUUAAAGGCGCAGUUACAGGACAGGAUCAACCAUAUAAAACCAUAUCUAACGACUGUAAUCGAAGCCAACAAGGAGAUACGAAACAGCACCAAACUAUCCGACUAUCUACAGAUGGUGCUCGCCGUUGGUAACUUCAUGAAUGGCAGCCAAACAGCAGGCUUUCGAGUUGCCUUUCUAACUAAGUUGGUAUUCAUCAAGUCUACACCCGAUAAAAACGUCUCUUUCCUUGAUUACAUAACGCGGCAGAUCAUCCGCAAAAACCCCGAGCUUGCAUUGCUCACUGAUGAACUACUUCACGUGGAGAAAGCAUCGAAAGUGUCCUUCCGAACAUUAGACUUGGAUAUCGAGGAGCUACGGGAGGAAGUUGAGAUCCUUGAAGACGACCUCGAUAAAAUCGCCAAGACAGAGAUCCACGAAGACAGCAAAUUCAUGGAAGCCAUUGAACUGUUUACGCAUCACGCACGAGCUCAGUUCCAGUCCCUUGUGGAGCUCCGCCAUCAGGCCGAGCUGAGUUUUGCGACCACACUCGAGUACUUUGGCGAGGAGACCUCCAUUAGCAGUGCACAGUUUUUUGGUCUCAUCUCAACCUUCCUCUGGCACUUUAAGGAUGCUGUAAAAAAGAUUCAAUAGACGUAUGCCCUGACUGCGCAUGCGGUAAAAGUGCCACUCCGCUGUUCAAAGCUUAUUUGAUCAUGCACCUACUUACGAACUACAGGAGAGAUCAUUUAUAAGUUAUUGUAAAUACUACCAGUACCAUGAAUAAAAUAUCUACAUUAGUAUCA